UUGGGUUGUUUUCCUUACUUUAAAAUCUCUUCUCUUUCUACUCUCUUUUUCUCUUCCUCUAUCUCUUCACAUCUCCCAUCCUUCACUUCUCGUUUCGUCUCUCUUCUCUGUCUCUUCUCUGUCUCUGUUCUAUCCCUUCUCCGUAUCUCUUAUUUCUAUAUCUGUUAUCUCUCUUUCUCUUAUCUGUGUCUCCUGUCUGACCACCAUGUCUACAUUGGCUUUUGUAGACGUGCCUGUGACUCUUCGUGCUUGCACACGCUAUCCGUGCCACGUGCCUUUAAUCCUACACCUACCGAGAUCUCCUCGAGCUCCCACUAGCCCGCUCUCGUCCGUAUCCAACCGCCUGGAUAUGGAGCCUGUACAGUCUCCAUCGAGCGAGACGUAUGAUCCAGAGCCCUCGACGAUCCAGAGACACGUGCAAUAUCUUCGACCUUCAUCUAAUCCUUUCCCUCGGGCUUCGAGCUCGAGCGUUUCCUCGACGCAUCCAAGACCAUCCCAUCAUGCGAGCGUGACACUCACAUACUCGCCAUCGAACGGGACUUCGACUGCUGGAAGGUGGGCUAUGACUAUUUGGUCUUGAACAGGUCCCAGGCUAACGUGUGACCCAGAU